AUGCCAAAGAUUAAAUCACCGAAAAAAUCGCGAUCAAAAAUUAAGAUUGACGAGUACAAUGAAGUUUGUCAAGAAAGUGACAACUUUAUUAAAAUCGCGGAAAAUCAGCUCAUUACCACAAUGUCCAUGUCUGGUGAUGAAAAAUGCAUUACAGCAUUUGAAUGGCAAAACAAGUGUCAGAAGAUUGAAGAAUUCCAAGAGAAAGACUCUAAUUGGAAACUUGAUUCCAUUCAAAGGUUGAAGGUUAACAUUAACACGUACAAUCCCAUGCGUGCAGGUUCUUAUAUUGAUUUACCCCUUGCUAUAAAAAGGAAACAAGCUUGUGUCAACGUUCAGAACACAGAUAAUAAAUGUUUUCAAUGGUCAAUACUAUCAGCUUUGUAUGAACCAACAAGGGAUUCAAAACGCGUUUCAAAGUACAUCCAAUAUGAGAAUGAACUAAAUUUCACAGGAAUUGAGUUCCCUGUUUCUCUCAAAGAUAUUUCAAAAUUUGAGGCUCUAAAUAAUAUCUCAAUCAACGUGUACGGACUUUCAAGGAAAAAUAAGAAUUUUAAUGUCUACCCAUUACAUCUUACCUCGCAGAAAAAGGUUUGCCACUUAAACCUUUUGCGAAUUGAAGACCAUUACAUAGAUGAGGAUGAUAAUGAUGAUGAUGAUGAAUUACCUAUCAUCUCUUUCAACUACCACUAUGUCUGGAUAAAAGACUUAUCUAGACUUGUUGGCUCACAAUUGUCGAAGAAAAAAAAUAAAAAGUACAUCUGUGACCGUUGUCUUCAUUACUUUGGAGAUGAAUUAAAACUCACAGAACAUGAAGAAACAUGCAGAACAAUGAAUGAUACGAGAAUUAGGCUACCAAAACAAGGUAAAAAUUCUGUUGAAUUCAAAAAUUUUCAAAACAAGGAACGUGUACCUUUCAUUAUUUAUGCUGACUGUGAGAGCCUUUUGAUUCCUGCUGAAAAACCACAAGAGCCAAGCAAUACCGAGGUCUAUCAAAAUCACAAAUUGCUUAGUAUUGGAUACUAUUUGAAGUGUGGUUUUAAUGACUCGUUGUCUUCAUACAAAGCAUCUCCAAAAGAUGAAGAAAAUCCCGCCCUAUGGUUUUCUAAAGAGUUGAAAAACUUGCAAGAAAAUCUAGAGCCUAUAUUUAAAAAUUUUAAGCCAAUGCAACCACUAACUCUAGAACAAUUUACAGAUUUUAGAAAUGACAAUACGUGUCAUAUUUGUAAUAAGAAAAUCGCGAAUGGGGAUGUAAAAGUAAGAGAUCAUAAUCAUCUAACUGGGGAAUAUCGGGGCGCCGCGCAUCAAGAUUGUAAUGUAAACUACCACGAAUCACCGACCAUACCUGUUGUUUUUCACAACCUCAGUGGUUAUGACGCGCACUUCAUUAUUGAAAGUAUUGCUACUGAAUUUGAAGGAAAAGUUGAUCUGCUUCCAAUAAACAAAGAAAAGUAUAUCAGCUUUACUAAAAAUAUUAAAGGUAGUAUUAUCAAAUUUCGAUUUAUUGAUUCUUUUAAAUUUAUGGCGUCAUCAUUGGACAAAUUAGCUUUCUAUCUCGACGAAUACAAAAUUGUUAAUUCAAUUUUUUCUAGUUAUAGCGACGACAAAAUUCAAUUGUUGACGCGAAAAAGAGUUUUUCCUUAUGAGUAUAUAGAUUCAAGAGAAAAACUCGAUGAAAGUCAGUUGCCUCCAAAGGAAAAAUUCUAUAGCACUUUAAACGACUCAAAUGUUUCUGACGAAGAUUAUACACAUGCGCAGAAAGUGUGGAAUUAA